ACUCACAACCUCCUUCUACAGUGAGAUAGUCACAUAAAACUGCCAGUUUCAUUGCAAGUUCUGGUCUUCACUUCAAUAUGAUGCUGUUUCUGAUCGUGCCACUGUGUGCUCUGUUCACUUUCAGCCAACAGGCGACGUCAGCAGAUAAGUGUGUGUGUGAGUUGACUAAUUCUGAACAGGCAUUCCCUCAUGACAAACUCAGCACAGUGGAGGACAAUGCAUCAAAAUGCAACAGCAAGAUAACCUCCCAGAAGACUCUAGAGCUGGACAGUCUGCUGCUGGGUUUGGACCGACGUCUCCCCAAGCUGCAGGAGGACGUGGCGAUGCUGGAGAGAGAGAAUGAUGGAGAGCUUUAUGGAGUUGUCAGCCUGCAGGUAAUAGAGAAUGAUUUGAAGGACAUCAAACAGCUCAUCGACAAGCUGAAUAGCACCACCAUGGAAGACCAGCACCUCACUAUUGACACAACGAAACAGCUGGAAGACGUGAAAGCAGAGAUGCAAGAGCUGAAAAAGUAUGACACCAUGCAGGUGGUAAUGACACAAGAAGCUAACAAGCGUUUGAAGAGAGAUCUGGACCAGUGCAGGAAUGAACUUCACCCCAUCAACCAACCCACUCAGCCCCAACAUGGUAACUGUCCACAUGGUCAGUUUGUAAACAUUACUGGGCCCAGGGUGAACACAGCAGGAGAGUUUCCUGGCACCAACAAGUAUGGCGCUUGGGGUCGGGAUCCCCAACCAGAGGUGGGGAAAGAGAACUGGCACUGGCUGGUAAUGAUGACAGCCAGCAACAGAUACUCCAACUAUGUUCGUCUGUACUCAAGCCUGAGUUCUCUCAUUGUUGGGGUGAGCGUCCCAGGGAGUAUCGUGAUCCACACCAGUAACCCAACCACCAACACCAUCCAGGGUCCAAAUGUUGUUCUGUUUAGUGGGGCCUUAUACUACAACUGUUACAACCAAGAUGCUGUUUGUCGAUUCAACCUCACCGCUAAAACCAUUACCACAUUACAACUACCCAAAGGCACCAGAUUUAACUCAAAGGGAAACUUCUGCCACCUUGAUGAAUGCUACCCGUUUACCGAUCUGGACCUGGCAACAGAUGAGUCCGGGGUCUGGGUUAUCUACACCACCACCCAGGACUGUGGAAACCUGGUGCUGUCCAAGGUGGAGGACGAUGAAAUUCCGACACUUGGCCAAACCUGGCUCACCUCGGUCUACAAGCAGGGGGUGACCAAUACCUUUAUGGCCUGCGGUGUGCUCUAUGCCACACGGUACAUCGACAAAGAAGUGGAGGAGAUCUUCUACUCGUUCGACACCGUGACAGGGGUGGAGAAAUUCAACAUUGGAAUCUUCAUCAGGAAGAUGUCUCCCAACAUUUAUUCCUUGAACUAUAGCCCUGUCGACCAGAUGUUACAUGCAUACUGUGACUCCAUUAUGGUCUCCUAUAAGGUUUUGUUUGAAUGAAAUAUGUACAUUUUGCAUACUUCCGAAGUUGCAUAAUGGAUCGGGUAAAGCUUACCUGUGCUAUGCAUGUCCCAAUAAUGUAGAUUUUAUUAAUGACUAAGAUAUUCUAUUACUUGCUAUUAUUGACAAUACACCACUGUUCACACACAUACACACACUUUAAACAUCUGUAGUCAGAUACACAUAGCGUAAACACACAAACAUAACACAUAGUUCUUCUCCUGCUUCUCAACCUCAGAAUGUUUCAUACUCCUUAAAAAGGGAGUCUGCCAUAGCGGACAGAUAGGUUUUCAAACCUCUGGCUUCAUGAAUCACUUCAUUAUAUUAGUUCUGAGACAUCCUCUCCUGUGCAGGGUACGUCCCACACAUCAGUACACACACAUACAUAAAAUAAGCACACACACCGAGGCAAUAUGCUCAUGAACUCUAGUAACCGCGACUCAGCGAGCACGUCAUCAAGCAACGCCAGGAAGAAGACCCAGUAACGCCAGGAGGACGACCCGACGAGAUCCGACCAAUCCCAAUCCAAGAAGAACCUCUGUCAUGCCCAGUAUCAAUAUAUAAGCUUUGUGCGUACUCUGCCUCAGGGCCAUUUUUCCUGAGCAGGACUGAUGGCCCAUGCAUGGACCCAUGCAUGCUCAUUCUGACCUGUGACCUCUGAAUAAACUUGCUUAAUUUUAACUUGAGAA